UCUAUACGAUGAUUAUUCCGAAUAUACAAAAUCUGACAGUGAAUCUGAGAACAAUGAAUCUGAAGGUGAUAAAUCUGAAGAUGAAUAUUUAAGUGAUAACUCAGAAUAUGAAAUUACACAUACGCUUCGAUAUUGUAUAUUUAGUUUUGAUAAUGAAUCUAUAGAAGCUGAUAUUCCGACAAGCAAAUGCAAAAAUAUCUAUUUAAAAGCAAUGGGCUUAUUAAUUAACUAA